AUCUUAAUCCACUUCCUCUCCCAGGAGGCUCCUCUAUCGCUCUGCCAGCUUAACAGAAAGUAGGUGAGGCGGCGUCCGGCGGGCAGGAACUCCACUCUCCAGCUGCGGGACGAUGAACCGCUACGUCUCUCUGAAGCAGCUCGGGGACGGAACCUACGGCAGCGUUGUGCUGGCCAAAAGCAGAGACACGGGUGAGCUGGUGGCCAUCAAGAGGAUGAAGAGGAAGUUCUACUCCUGGGACGAAUGUUUGAAUCUGCGGGAGGUGAAGUCCCUGAAGAAGCUGACUCAUGCAAACGUUGUGAAAUUAAAAGAAGUUAUCAGAGAACAUGAGCAUCUCUACUUCGUCUUCGAGUACAUGAAGGAGAACCUCUACCAGCUGAUGAACCAGAGAGAGGACAAGAAGUUCUCCGAGAAGGAGAUAAGAAACAUUCUGUUCCAGGUGUUGACAGGCCUGGCCUUUGUUCAUAAGCACGGCUACUUCCACCGCGACCUGAAGCCUGAGAACCUGCUCUGCACGGGCCCCGAGCUGGUCAAACUGGCCGACUUCGGACUCGCCAGAGAAAUCCGCUCGCAGCCGCCGUACACCGACUAUGUGUCCACCAGAUGGUACCGGGCGCCGGAGGUCCUGCUCAAGUCCGUCUGCUACAGCUCGCCCAUCGACAUCUGGGCCGUCGGCUGCAUCAUGGCGGAGCUCUACACGCUCAGGCCUCUUUUCCCCGGCAACAGCGAGGUGGACGAGAUUUUUAAGAUCUGCCAGGUGCUCGGCACUUUGAAGAAGUCAGAUUGGCCCGACGGUUUUGUGUUGGCCUCAGCGAUGAACUUCCGCUUCCCAAAGUGCGUUCCGAUCAGCUUACGGUCUCUGAUUCCCAACGCCAGCGAGGAAGCGAUCGUCCUCAUGAAGGACAUGCUGCAGUGGGACCCGGAGAAGAGACCGAGCGCUGCUCAGGCCCUGCGCUAUCCCUACUUCUCCGUGGGUCAGGCACUUGAAACAACCGCGCCCCGUGAGCCACUGCAGAUCCCGAGGAACGAUCUGAAGUCUCUCUGCAAGAGCAGUGAGGAGCCUCCGACAGAGUCACGAGCAUCUCAGCAGGCGGCUGCAGGGCGGGAGGGUCAGCGAGAGCCGCUCAGCCUGGUGACCAACCGCGAGCCUCUUCCUAAAGCAGCUCGGGCUGGACGCAGGCGCUGGGGUCAGACCUCCAUCACGUCCCUGGACAGCUGGGACAGCGUGGACGAUGGAGACGUCGGAGCCAAAAAGCCCUCCGUCUGUGCCCGCAGUGUGGCUCUGCCCGGACUCAAAGAGCCAACGCUGGACUCCAGAAUCUUGGCGGCUAAACUGCACUACCUGCGCCAGUGCAGGUACCUCCCAGGUGAGAGCGGCUCACCUGAAGCCGGACGCUCGCCUGAACCUUUAACUCCCACCAGCCGUGUUUCAGGUGUGAAGAUCAAAAGCAACUUCUCUAGAGGAGGUCAGCUGAGUCACUUAAGAGCGCCAGACCCGAAUCUGUUUACAGAUCUGGCACAUCCAGGCACUGCGGUUAGAACUAACAGGACGAGUGAAGCUGGACGACAGAGAAGCGUCCUGGCACCGAUCCCAUCCAGCACCACUGCAAUGGAUCUGUCGGCAGAGUCCAGACCCAAACCACCGAAGAACAAGACUCCAUCAAACGAGGAGUCGCAGCCUCGUCCAGACUGCAGCUGGUCGAGGAGCAGAUCCUUCAACCCUCACAGCUCCGCAGCCAAGAACACGCUCCCUCCAGUCACCGGACGCGUGGACUGGACGGCCAAGUACGGAGGCUAUCGCUAGCAGCGGUGACCCAUGAGAAUCAAGUUUCACAAUCCAGCUCUCAAAGAGAUCCAGAGCGUACAGCAGCAGUCAGCAGUAGUUUUAUAUUCAGCUACAUAGAAAUACAGACGUAAACAGUCAGACUCUGUGUGGCCUCUUGAUGAUGGGAAUUAAUAUUCCAGCGACGAUCCGAACAACCAUCAGGCCACUGAGGAGAAAACAAGUUUGUAGCAUGAGCUCAGUGAGUGAGUGGAAACACGACAGUGUAGCCUUGGUUACCUCGCGAGAGCCAUCAAACCAGCCGGCAUGAACUUCCAGGAGUUCAGAAACCUCAGCGCCAUCACCACCGCCAGGGUUCCAGAGGAGCCUGCUCAGAGGGAGAUGAGUUCCACCGUGUCGGUGAGGAACCAGGAGGAGAGCGCGUCAACGCGGACUCACCGAGAGAGAGCCAGACGUGGUUGGGGUCCUGGGAGCUCAGAUAAGCUCCAGCCGCCGACAGAGACCCGAAAACAAGUCCGGCCAGAAGAGACGUAAAGCUGCCUGAGGGACACAGACGUGAGAUGGUUGUGUGGGUCAAGGAAGAAUUUAGUUUAUACAUAGUUGACUCUCAGUUCUACAGUCAGUUUUUCUGAGAUGUUUUUAAUUUGUGAAUGAACGACCACACAGUUAAAGUUUUGAAGUUUAAAUCUGAAAGGAAUUUCAAAUGUUUUUGCGCGAGAAGCGUCCGACCAACUGGCAGACAUGAAGCGCUACCUGCUUUCAGGUAACCGACGAUUCCUCCGACAGUCACCAGCGCAGCGUAGCCGAAUCCGAUCAGAUCCAGAGCCAUGACGCCACUCCUGCUGACGUCACAGUGUGGUUUUUUUUUUAAGUCACGUGUGAUGUGGCGAAACAAAGUCAGACAGCGAAAAUGUUUUAAUUCUCACCUGUGUUUCUUUUUCUUUCACUACAACUUCAAUACUUUUUUGCGGAAGUUGUUCUUGAUUCUACUUCCGUGACGAUGCCUUCAAAAUAAAACACGGCGGCUCUGGAGUGAGUAAACUACGGAAUUAAAGAAAAAUAGCGAACUACUUUAAAUAAAUAAGAAUACACCGCGUGAAAGCAACGAGAUUUUUGACGAAGUUAGGUCAAGUGUAAUACGAAUGUGAUCAGACAAUAAACAUUCAAAAUCAAUGUGACAAAGUAAUGAGAAAUCUUUUUUGAGAAAUUGUCAAAAACGCAAAUGAUAUACGUUUUCAACGUUAAGAUAAAUAAAUGCAUUACAAAGAAAUAAAGCGGAAAAUCGGACCAAGGUAAACAGGAAACAGGAAUGGAAGUUUAAAUGCGCGUUCAUCAAACCUAAUAAGUAGAAAAUGAUGGAACUCAUUGAAAUAACUGAUCACAAGCUUAAAAUCAUGAGAAGCAACAUGUCAAUCACGAGAUAAACAUGUAAAAUGAAGUCACAACAAAAUAAUCCUGACGACAGGAACGCUAUGGUGUUCAGUGCUGCAGAUCAGCAUCUUUCACUGAAUAACAAACUAAAGAUAAAAAAAGUUUGCACAGUGAGUGGAAACAAAGUGGAGACGAGAUUAAAGAAAUAUUAAACAGUUUUAUUCGCUUGUUUUUUGCCGCCACGUUUCUUCUUCUU